AUGAAUGUCAACAAGACGUAUUGUACAAUAGGAAUUGAUUUUAAUAAUGAUGAUACAGGACGCAUGAAUAUUGAAUCAGAAACGUAUCAUCAAGCCUAUGGUUACAAUGAAGAUUUUGUUCUACUUGGCUUAACAAUAAAAAGUAGUGGGUCAUACGGAUAUGGUCUUACCUAUCAUUGUUUAACAGACGGUUGUAAUGAACCAAAACUCAGUAAACUUCAAUUAUUAUUGAAUUCAAUUACAAUAGAACAUAACGUAGACGUAAUUUUACCAUUAUUAUACGUGCCAACACCUGAUAUUCCAUUAACAUGUUCAAGAUAUACAAAUUUUACAAAUCCUAAUGAAUGCUAUUCACAAGAACAAUCUAGUAUUUUCUGUGUGAUAUGUUUCACAUCUAUUGAUGGAAUAAAAAAUUCAAUAUGUUCCGACUGUUUAGACAAUGAUGACCUGAUUUCUGAUCUUCUUCUUGAUGAACGAGCAUAUUUAUUAAAAACAAGAAAAACAAGUAAUCAUAAUUUUGAAGUACACUGUAAUAUUCGAGAAUGUAAUAGAAUGGAUAAGAUUGAACAACUUCGAAAACUAUAUCGUUAUGAUUUUGAUUACAAUAAAUUCGCGAGUCAAUCCAUAUCGGCUUGGGCAUUCUACAACAAGAAUAUGAUUUUUUUUAAUGUAAUUAUUUUAUUAAUUUUGAAUAAAUUAUAA